AUGUCAAUCCAAACAGGCGGACUCAACAAAAUCAGUGAAAUUCCACUCUCUCAGAUCAGGAGGCCCAUCGCCCCAGUCCUGGACUUCCAGAAAAUCGACGCGAUGGUGUCCACUAUGAAGGGCGUUCCAGAGGCGAGCAAAACCUGCACUAUAGAGGAAGCCUCGAAAAUGGACGGGCAGCUGCCUCCAAUCGACGUUGUGUGCGUCCGGCAUAACGGCCAGAACUUCUACUUUGGCUUCGGGGGCUGCCACCGCUUCCAGGCUUACGAGCGCAUUCGCGACCAAACUGGAAAAGACGUGCUCGUGCGCUGCAAGGUCAUUCCCGCGACGAAGGACCAGCUGAAACUGUACGUGGGAAGCUCGGUGGACGACAUGUUCGGCACCAUCGACAACGAGGCUAGCAGGGAGGCCCGCCAAUGA